AUGUGUGCGUAUAUACCGCGAGCUCUUCAGAAACUCCCUUACACAAAGUGUGGUCCGUCAAGCAUACCAACUCUCUUCUUUCUUCCUCAGAUAAGGAAAGAAUGGGCUGUUGUUUAUAAAAUUGACUUACCAAAGUCAUCCCAAACCUUUGAUGUUCACUUGACACACACAAAAAGUGAGGUCAUGCUAGUGGACGUGCAAUCACUGGGAACACCACUUACAAUCCAAUUGAGUUACCGCGUGAUCUCCAGUGAAUUUGGUUGGAGACACCACAAUAUAGUCCUGCGAAGCGAUGUCGGUGACGUUCUUGUUGUCAGAUUCCAUCCAGGUUACCCAAGUGAUGGUCUAGAGGUGUACGCACCUCGAUAUGACUGUAACAAGCUAGUCCUUGUCCUAUUUGGUCUUAUUGGCGAUAUCGGCCUUCGCAAUGAAGCUAAAAAUCACGUGCAACCAUCGUUCUCGGAAUCAAGCGAAACUAUGGUGGGUCGCAAAUUCAUGGCUCACCUGAGC